AUGCCGCCAGCGGAGAAAUUCUCCCACAAGGUCUCCUGGGGUGGUUCGUCGCCCAAGCAGCCCAGGGCUUCCGGCCCAGACUGGGACUCCGCUUUCUCACUCACCUCCUCGCUUCCAACCCUCCACUUGCGCUACAACUCUAACCCGGAUGAGUGGGACAAGAGGGCCAUAGGGAGCUACUACGAGUUGUACGCGGCGGCGCUGGGCAACCUGGAAUGGUUGCGGUUCUGUCUGAGUCGGCACGGUGAGGAAAUCCCGGCAGAUGACAAGGGUUUCACUGCCAUCCACUUCGCAGCCCAGAGUGGCAAGCUUGCAUGCCUGAAGGUCUUGGUAGAGGAGUACAAGUUUCCCGUGGACCUGCCCACCAACAAUGGCCAGACACCCCUGCACCUGGCCAUCCACAAGGACAACAAGACCAUGAUCCUCCCCUGCAUUCACUACCUGCUUAAGCAAGGGGCGGCCCUCAACACUCAGACGUGCAAUGGCUCCACACCCCUCCACCUGGCGGCCUGCCAGGGCCUGCUGAAAUGUGUGAAGGUCCUGGUGCAAAAUGGGGCCGAUGUCCAUGCCCGAGAUGCCAUGGGCUGCAAACCCAUCGACUACUGCAAAAUAUGGAAUCACCGCAACUGUGCCAGGUUCUUGAAGGAUGCCAUGUGGAAACGGGACAAGAAGGACUUUGCUUGUGAGAUGGGGAAAUUGAAGAUGCUCAAGGACCAGCUGGCCCUCAUGGAACAGGACUACCUGACUGAGUAUCAAAAAAAGCACCAAAUUCUGAGAGAAGCUAAUUUCAAGAAGUGGCUCCACUGCAAGCAGCUGCUCCGAGGCCAAUCCCUGAUCCGGACCGCGAAGCGAGAGCCUUGUACCCCACGCCAGGCUAUGGCCCUCUCCAAGGCCACCAAGUACCAGGGACUGAGGCCUCCCAAGAGCUUCUACCCCUCCCCAGAGGCGCGCCUGCGAGAGACACCGCGGCCCAAGCUGCAGCCCUUGAGGACACACACGCCCAUGCAGCCCAUGGUCAGGCGGCCCAAGUCAUGGAAUGUUAGCAACAAUCCUGCCAGAUCACCCACCACCCAGAUCGGCUACACGCAGGGCAUCCGCCUGGGUGUGCAUCCAGACCCCAGCUCAGAGCAUGACUUCCGCAGCUUCCUCAAGGUGAGGUCCGACAGGCACGGUAGUGCCAAACUGUGCACAGUGGCCGGCAACCAGGUGGCACCUGUGCCCCAGCUGCCUUUCGAGGUGAUAGUCCAAGAGCUGUACCCUUCGGUGCGGCCAUACAGGAUGAAAGUGCCCCAGGGCUUUUGCUCUGUCAGCAUGAAGGAUGUGCCCCAGAAGCGGCACUUGGGUGAUAACAACUUCUGGACUGACGCUCUGGCCAUGAACCUGCGCGAGGCAUUUGAUGAAGCCUUCCUGGCAGCUGUGCAAGCCCAUCAAAGGCUCCCCACUCGACCCUACCUGAAAAGUCCCCCAUAAACUUAUUUUGGUAGGCUCUCUACCUGAGGCAGCCCAACGGAGGCUGAGAUGUGAUUCAUGGUGUGGACGGAGGACAGGGAGAAAAGUGCCCACAGGCUUCCCACUCUCCAGCACAAAGAUCUGAGCUUCUCUCAACAAAAGCCUAU